CAAAACCAAUAACCUUAUCUUCUCGUCCCAACUACUCUUUUCCCCCAUUCAGGUCCAAUUAGACUUACGGGUCUCUGUUCAAAGCCCAAAUCUCUCUCCCCAUCCUUCCUCCUCCCUCGUCCCUCAAUCUUCUUCUAUUCGCUGUAAAACCCUAGAUCUUUCGCUUUGUAGCGGCCUGAAAUCGGUCCACGGCCUUUAAUUGUGCGGCGAGAUCGGGCCUUUUUGGUUAGGUCAAAGAUUGUUGAUUUGUGUCGCGUUGGUGUGAAAAGCUGUUUAAAUGACGAUUUCAUGUGUUUCCUCUUGCUGGAUUAAUGGGUCGUCUGUGGCAGAUCUCUGGCCGGCUCUUUACCUGUUUAGAUUAUGGGUCGUCUGUGGCAGAUCUCUGGCCGGCUCUUUACCUGUUUAGAUUA